ACAAACUUCACACAUUGAAAUUUGUUGUUUAAUAAUGUCAAUUUCGAGAAAUAAUCACAAAUUAGCAGAUAAAUGUAUAACAGACACACGAAUAAUUGAUAAAUAUGAAUAUGAAGAUGAAAUGUUAAGUUGCAAUCCUACAGAAAGCUGUACUUAUGCUGUGACUGUAUCGAAGAAACCAUCCACCUCAGGCGAGGAUGAAGUUACCCUAUGUGCUGGACAAAAGUCAUUUAUCAGCAUUCAUUCCACUGACCAACUGUGUCAAGUGUCAGAUGUAGAGAAUCCAUCGCUCCUCGAAGUGUGUAAUGUGGAAGUACUUAGUUUGACCGAUGUGUUUCUAUCCACUUCAGAAGAAAGUCUCUCUAGUGAAGAUUCUCCAAUACCGCGAAGAAACAAAGCUCCCCAAAAGUCGCAAAUGGAAAAUUCUAGUAAACUACCUUAUGUACCAACUAAUAGUAAAUCUUCAACAGUCUCAGGGAGACAGAAGGAGCCCGUUGAAGGUCAAAACUAUGUAUAUUCAGAUUUCGAUAUUCCAAAAAGUACGUUAUACGUUGUUGGUAGUAACCCCGGAGAACCGAAGAUGUCCUAUCAAGAUCCACCUAAAAAAAUAUCUAAAACAAUGAAGAAAUUUUUACGAAAUAUUGACAAACACAGAAAUGGCCAGAAUAGCAAAGUUAACGAAAAAGCGAUCAUCAAACUAACGACCAUGCGAGGGAUUCUGAAAGACGGCCGCUGUGAUCCAGAAUGCACCGGAGACUCUACUAUCCAGGGAUCCAAGGAACUUGCUGCUCCAGAAGAUUUAACGCUAACAUAUCCGAUGAACUUCAGUCCUCAAACCAACUAUACAAAACAGAGUCCAGACAAGAAUGUAACAUUCAACACACAAGUAAUGAUCAUUCACUUCACCGGAAACCUCUGCGUUGGACAAAGUGUCGAAACACUCAGCAAGGAAAAAGAUCAACAAGCACGAAACUCGGAGUUAAGGAAGAUUUUUCUCAGCAAAUACAAUGAAUUUUGGCAUACCCAAAAGAAAUCAUAAAUAUAUAUUGUAAUUUCAGAUGUUGUCUUUAAUGCUAGCUGUGAUAGUUUUAUAUGAUUUUUCUGACAGACCUCAAAUAACAAAUGUUGUGUAUAUCUAACUUGUGCUAUGUUUAAGUAACGUUGACGUAACGUAAUAACGUUGUUUAAAUACGGAAAUUUCGGUUCGUCCUCCGUCUUAUUUAUGAAUGUAAAUUGAUGAAAUGGUACAUAAUAUUUGAG